CUGAGGCAGGGAGAGAGCACAUCAGACACUUGAUGAGAUGAGGAGCAUUUACAGACCAGUCCACAUGGAUGGAUGAGAGGCAAAACAGAGACAAGGGAAGAAAAAGAAGAAUCCCACCAACAUCACUGUCAGGAGUAAUCUCUUUGGACUUGUUUUUUCUCUCUGCCCAAGACUCAGGGAGGAAAGAGCAGCUGUCAGUAGUGUGACCCUUGUGCAUUCAUAAUUAUUCAAUCCUAAUUCUUGGAUUACCGCACAAAGCAUCAGGCGCCAAUCCAGAAAUUUGUAUAUUUGUCGACCUAGAUUGUUGCAGAGGUGAGGAAAGGAGAGGGGGCAGCGUGUUGUGCAGACCGGUCCCGGAGCAUCUGUGUUUACCCUGCAUGGUCACUGUGAAGGAAGGAUGUGGGGCUGACUGACUGAAAAAUGACGAUGUGUCUUUGUCAAGAACCUACUACAGAUGGCGGGUGGGCGCCUGACAAACUCAGUUCUACUACCUCAUGAGGAUGACCUUCCCCUGAAUUGCAAAAUCAACUUCCCUCCUAGGCUCAUAUAAAUACUGGUGAUCACAAAUGUCACAAUGAUCACACUUCAUGGUGAUGGAUACGUAUGCACGCAAAUAAUCUGCUCCACUCAAGCCAUCUCCAGUGAUUGAGGGUUCAGCAUGUCAAGGGGCAAACUGGACACCUGUGCUCAAUUUUCAAGUCAGUGGUGGCUGGAGCCAGACGCACAGAGACUGAUGAGAAAGGUGGAAAGUGAAGGUCAGUUCCGUUAGAGGCCCCAGGGGAUACAUGGGCCUGGACGCUGCCCAGAAGCACUGACCUCUCCUGGACAGAUUCUGAACGUUAUGCUGUACACUAGGGAAUCGACAUGGCUGGCUGACAAACUCUUGGAGUACAAGCUAAUGGAUGUAACAGUUUUUUUACAUUUAUAGAUCUGACGACUACCUUCUCAGUGGGGACAAAAAGCAAGGAUUUGGAACGUACUAUGAGCAGCACAUUCCACCCCUGUGCAGGAGAAAGAGUCUGUGUUUCUUUGUUUUCUUCGUUGGCUGUGUUUCUCCUGUCUGGGAAUAUCAUAAGAUUAUAAACAGGAGGUGGCUCCAACAUUUUAUCCCUGUUCCAAUCAUCCAUCAGUGCUCCCACCAUCACCAAAGCAAACGGACCAGAGAUCUGAGAAAAAGCCUGUAGGUGACGUUAGCCGACAUCCACCGGGUGCAGGUGGCCGAUUCCUCAGCUUUCUUGUCAGUGUGGACAGGAAGAAGCAGCUCAUAGACAGUGGAGACAAACAGGUGCUUCUCUGGCUGUCAUCCUCUCUGGGAGGACCAAGCAGUGAAAAGGAAAAGCCUUCGCUUGGGGGAGCCUUGCUCGAGCAGAAACAGCUCUUUACUGGCUAUGUUUGGAUGUGAUGCUUCUCUCUGUGGAUCCAACAUGGACUCUAUGGCCUGAUUGCACAGCCCUGGUAUUCAGAUAGUGCUGGAGGGAAGGGAUAAUGCAUAUCCUUCCCAACCUGGAACAAGAAGCCACCAUGAGCAACGUCACAGUCACUGACAACACUGAACCUAUCAGCCGCACCAUGAGUCCGGCAACCCCCAGCCCGUAUUCCUAUCCUGUUAGUUUUCAGGUCUCCCUGACUGGCUUCCUCAUGCUGGAAAUCCUCCUGGGGCUGAGCUCUAACCUCACUGUGCUUGCCCUGUACUGUAUGAAGUCGAACCUCAUUAGCUCUGUCAGUAACAUAGUCACUAUGAACCUCCAUGUGUUGGAUGUGCUGGUUUGUGUGUGCUGCAUCCCUCUUACGAUCGUGGUGGUGCUGCUCUCCCUGGAGGGGGACACUGCGCUUGUCUGCUGCUUCCAUGAAGCCUGUGUCUCCUUUGCAAGUGUUGCCACUGCUGCUAAUGUGCUGGCCAUCACCCUUGAUCGCUACGACAUCUCAGUUAAACCAGCUAACCGGGUGCUGACCAUGGGCAGAGCCCUGGCCCUGCUGACUGUCAUUUGGGUGUUAUCCUUUGUUAGUUUCCUUGUACCCUUUAUUGAGGUGGGCUUCUUCGCCCAAGGCCAUGCUGAGCUGAACCAGACAGUGGUGGAGAAUGUGGUUCACACAAACCAGUACUAUACAGAACUUGGGUUGUAUUACCACUUGCUCGCUCAGAUUCCUAUUUUCUUCUUUACUGCUGUUGUCAUGCUCAUAACCUAUUCAAAGAUCCUGCAAGCACUCAAUAUUCGCAUUGGCACACGUUUCCACAAUUCACAGAAGAAAAAGGCUCGCAGGAAAAAGCAUCCAUCCAUGACGGCCAUGACAACGCAGCAAGAGACCACUGAUGGAUCACAGAGCAGUGGCAGCCGAAACCCCACAAUGGGCAUGCGUACCUCUGUCUCUCUAAUCAUUGCCUUGCGCAGGGCUGUUAAACGCCACAGAGAAAGGCGAGAACGCCAAAAAAGAGUUUUCAGGAUGUCCCUCCUGAUAGUGUCUACUUUCCUCCUGUGCUGGACACCAAUCACGGUACUCAACACAGUCAUCCUGAGUGUGGGCCCCAGUGACCUGAUGGUCAAGUUGAGACUGGGCUUCCUGGUCAUGGCUUACGGGACCACUAUCUUUCACCCUUUACUUUAUGCCUUCACGAGGCAGAAGUUCCAGAAAGUCUUGAAAAGCAAAAUGAAGAAAAGAGUGGUGUCCAUCAUCGAGGCAGAUCCUACACCUAAUAACGCCAUCAUCCACAAUUCCUGGAUCGACCCAAAGAGGAACAAAAAGGUGACAUUUGAGGACAAAGAUGCACGACAGAAAUGUCUGUCUUCUGAGGAUGUGGAGUGAAGGAACUCAAUGCUCCGUCAAUAAAAGCAGCUAAAACUGACAUCAGGUUAUGAUGAAAAAGGGAAAAUAUUAAUCCAAAGCAGUAAUGUAAAUAUUAUAUGUAACAGAAUGUACAAAAAGAAGAGGUGGAUAAUUUAUUACUAUUUAUUGAGAAGAAAAGUAGCUUUCAUAGAUGUACCAUAUACUGUACUGUAGAUAUUGCAUGGCUUUUUGUAACAGUAGCAGCAAAUUGUCAGUGUUUCCAAUUAAUUAGGUAAUUAAUGCCUAACUUGUCCCACAACCGAUUCUUAAUGAAUCAAAAAAAAAAAAAAAAACUUCUCAUAAUAACAUACAAGAUUUAUAGCAUAGUGUUUUGCACCAUUGCUUCAUUAGAGCUAUGUGCCCUUGGCCCUACUGUCUGUCUGUUUGGCUCUGUCUCCCCCCCAACAAACUGACAACAGACUGGCAGAACCAGGUCGUGUCAGUUUUACCAUCUCUGGCAGGACUCAAUAGUGACCAAUAUUAUCAGUAAUUUCUGCUUUAGAUGUGCAUAUUCCAAUGCCGGGCAUGCAUUUCUCAGCAGGCAGGCAGACAUGACCAUAACACCACCACAACCCACCCUGGCAGUUAUCGCCACAGAUAGAAUCAAAUUCAGUGGGAAACACUGCAUAAGAUACAUUGUGUACAUACGUAAUACAUGUAAAGCAUAGGGUAAACAAGGUAUAUAAAUAGAGACAGAGAGAAGUAGGAAUUGUUUAUAUGUAUAUGUAUAUUUAUAAUAAAUUUUGUGUUCACUCA